CUGAAGCCACCGCGAGUUUGCCGUCUUCCCAAAUUGCUCUUUCCAGCGAGAGGACACGUGAGAGAGGGGGGCUGGGGGAGAGAGCUGCAAGCCGGUCCGGAGAGCGAGAGCCAAGGGGGAAAAGGAGAUGGAGAGGAGCACCGAAGCCGCCGUAGAGGGUGUUUUAGAAGCCCUAACGUCGAGGGGAUGGCGUUUCAGGGACCUCGACGAGGAGGUGCGAGCUCUCAUCCGGAGCUACGAGGCCUCUUCGUCUUCCUCCUCUUCCUUGUUGGCGGUGGAAAUGGUCGAAUCGGAGCUCUUGAACAUGGAUUUGCGGUCGUUCGGAGGGAAAUCGAUCCCCGAUGCUUCCUCUUUAAAGAAAUUCUCCCAUCUCCGAGGCCCCAUAGUCUUGCAGGUAGUUUCUUCACGGGAUAUAUACCUAAGCAGCAUUGAUGGUUCCUUCAAAAACUCACAGUAUCUUCGUCGUCUCCUUCGAUUAGGUCUAACUGAUGGGCACUCUGAAGUAAUUGCCAUAGAGUAUGCCCCAAUUCCAUCGAUCACUGAAGUAAUAAUUCCUGGCACUAAGGUCCGCUUAGAGAAAAAAAUUCCAAUACAUAAUGGGAUAUUGUGCCUGAAUUCUGAAGUUGUGACUGUAAUGGGAGGUACUGUACAAUCUCUCCAUGAAGAGUGGCGAAUGAGUCAGAAGUAUUCAGGCUUUUCUCGCUUAGCCCCAAAGUUGUCUCAGAAUGAUGAUGGUGCUGGUCCUCCCCCAUUCGAGAAGUUACAUAUUGGAGCGCGUCCGUAUAGGGUGGACCAACUACAUAGUUCUCAUGAAGCUGAUGGAAAACAAGUAGGACGUAAAAUCCAUCUGGUGGUAGACAAAGGACACCAUUCUAAUGAUCCAGGAGCAAAUAAUAUGACCAAUGAUCCAAAGGACUCUGUAACUGAAAGGGCUGAAGAUAAACCUUGUAGUUCUGAUGCCAGACCAAAAGAAGUGAGCGAAGCUGUUCCUGUUCAAAACCAAGCCGCUGCACAGAAGCUUCUGCAGAAAAUGAGCCAGCCAUCACAUGAAGACAAGCAUCCUCGGGGUCACAAAAACAGAUAUAAAGCCAGACAAGAGGAGACUCCAGUUUUCACUUUAGAUGAAUGGGAAAGGAGAAAAGGCACUAACUGGAAGCCCAUGGUGACAGGGGAAGUCCAAGAUGUUAGCCAUGAUGAGGCGCUAGCUCGACAGCUUCAGAGCCAAUUGGAUCUAGAAGAUAUCUACGGAAAGACUGGACAGGCAGAGGCAGAACAGUUGCGGAUGAGCAUGUUCAAUUUUGGUGGGGCAGAAGAGGGGAAGAAUGAUGGCAGGAGAGAAUUCAGAGGAAGGGGAAGGGGGAGAAGAAGAUUCAGAUAAUUUGUCCAUUUCCAUGGGUAUUUCUUCUGCUGGGCUCGUUAAAAUUGGGGUUGUCUCCUUUUCAGUCAUAGGUUACUCAACCUUGAAUGGGGUAUGUCCUGCCUUGGAUUUGCUUAUUGGUCACUCUGGGUUGAGUGCAAGCCUGUUACUUACCCAUUUUAAGAUCAGUUAAUCUUCCUCCUGGUAGGUUGGAGCACUAGUUUUGAACAAAUGCUUGAGUUUCCAGACAAGAGUUUUCAAGAUCUGCCAGAAGUUUCCAAUGUGACCGCUUAUAUGGUAAUAACCGGUGACCGCAAGUCAAGUGGUGUAAGAAGAAAAGGGCUGAAAUACUAAUAGAGCAGUGUUGAACUAGCAUAUGAGUGGGACAGACAAGAUUAUCUUUUACCAUCUAUGCUAUGUUUCAGGGAGUCUAUUAUCAUAGUGAAGAAGUUUAUACCUCUUUUUGAGGUGUGUCAGGCAUUAGUGGCAAUAAAUUGUUUACGGUGGAAUCAAAUAAUAGUGAAGGUGCAUUGCGUGAUGGGAAAGCCGACUUCUUCACUUUAUUAAGCUGACUACUUUGAAUUCUUUCAUCCAGUUGUUAUGACACUAAUGCUAGAGACAACAAUGUUAUACAUGGUUUCUUGACACAUAUAAACAUACCUGCCAUGUCAUUCCUGGGCUGCAGGCUUGUUUCUGUGUCAACAAACAUGUUAAGUUUCCAUGAUUCUGUAGCAUUAUUCUCUGUCCUAGAAAAAACAGAGAUGACUUAUGUUUAACUAUUAUAGUUUCUGUAGUUUAAUAAAGUUGUUAGCCUUUUAGUUGCAGGCUUGAUGAUAUAAUUUUGUUUCUUAUCAUCACGUCACAACUAAUAUGAUCAGUUCCUUUUUAUUAAUUUUAUCAAUGAAUUCUAUUAUGGUUAUUUUAUUUGUUUGAUAUCUUCUUGAACAGAUAGGAUGUCUGAAAAAUUGAUGAAGCCAGCAAAAAAGAAUGUUCCUUUGGUGUUUCAGAUACAGAAGCAGUUUCAUAAGCUACAUAUGCGAGGACAGUGAAUUACAUCCAGAGGGAGUAGGCCUUUUGAAGAAACAAGGAUGAAUAGAUUCUAUCAGCACUCAGCUCAAUGUCAUAAAUAAAAAGAUCUCUUCUUUUCUCCGGUGUUAAGUGCUGGCAACUUGCAGUUUUUCUUGCACCGUGAAGUUGUGUCAUAUUUAAUUGUGUUACAUGUUAAUGACUUUUCUAUGUACUGUCAAGAGGUGAAAAAGGAACACAAUAUUUCUGAUUCGAAUCAUUCAAAAAAUGUCUGUGGUGGAUUGGUUUUGUGACCAACCUAAUUUAAGGUUGGUUGUAAGAAUUUUGACAGAUGACAUAUACAUGGUAAAUUUAUUCUUGCGUA